UGCGAUGAGCGUUACACCACACGGGGGUGAGAUCGCGGUGUCUUUUCUCGAGGAAGAGAGAGAAAGAGUGAUCGCUCUCUCUUUUCUUCGCUGCUUUCCUCUAUUUUUUUCGCGAUAGAAUAAUUGACGACGCGAGGAAAAAAUUAGGAGAAAAAAUUCCGAAAGGAAAGUGACAGCUAGCACGUUGGAGAGGUUGGUGUGCACGUGUUUGUUCUCCAACGAAGAAUUAAACCCUCCUAAGGUCCUCGACGCUCUCGAUACUUAUGCCGUCGUUCGAAACUCUCCGUCUCGGUGGAUGUUUGACUAUAUAACAAGUCGUGUGUAUGAAUAUUUAGCGUGAGAGAGAGAGAGACACGUAAGGGAAAUCGCGAGACCUCUCAGCUGAUCUUCGCGCGAGUGGAAGAGUGUAUAUUUACGCGAGAGCAAACUGUAUUUAAUACAUUGAUGGAUUAUAUAAUAUAUUAUAUAUAAAUAUUGUGUAUAUUAUAAUGUGAUUUCUGGUUAAUAUCGGAUGGUGAUCGAGUGACGGCGAUAUUUGCUCGAGAAACAUUCAGCGACGUUUUAAUCGACGAUAAAUUGAUCUGCGAAUCGUCAUUUGCGAAGAGGGACUUUGUGACAUCUUUGACUUGAAGCCAAUUAAAAUUAUCGAGGGCGAAUGCUAGCAAUGAUGUGUAGAAGCGGCGUGGCAAAGUUUUAAUAGAUAAAAUACUUUCGGAAGAGAGAGAAAAUAUGAACAUGAUUGAGUGAUCGAUACGUGAUUUCGUUUAAGAAGUUUCUCGUUUGCGGAGAUAGGCAGGUAUGAAGUAGCCGAAACUUUCAGAAACUUUUAAAACUCUCUGUUGAUCAUACAAAUUUCGAAUCGAAUGAAGCGAAAUUAAGGAGGCGAUUCAAUCUCGAGACCAUCUGUCAAAAAGUUCAAUGGAAUGAAGUGUUGCAUCUCACCGCCCAAGGAUCUUGAAGGACGUCCCGGCGAGCUCCGCAACAUCCAGCAUGCAAUGACGACAAUGUCGAGGCCGUGGUACACGGGCCGCAGCAGUGGGAACAGAUAAGGCAGCGAGCAGUCAUGUGUAGUGUCAUGUGGCUCCUUCGGCUCCUGACGAUCUACCGCCUGGCUCAUCUUUCGGCAUCCGGUACGCACACAGAAUUGCCUCUGGCGACGGACUCGAUUUCUACGAAAUCGACGACGGCGGCGAAGCGAUCUGUGCCGACGGAUGCACCAAUGCUGAAUUACAUCUUCGACACGCACAGCACCCUGAACAAGCAUCAGCAUCAUCACGAUCAUAAAUGGGGCCCGCACUUCGAAGGCGAGAGCUCCAAUAUUACGGUGCAGGCCGGCGCCAGUGUCACCCUCGACUGUAGGAUAUCGUUGCUGCAAGACAAAACCGUAUCUUGGUUGCGGCGACAGGAGAGUAGCGAGAAGAUGAGUCUGCUGACAGUGGGCCAGAACACGUAUACGGGUGAUAAGAGGUACACCAUUGAAUUUCAGUAUCCGGACAACUGGCGUCUGCGUAUCAAGCGUGUUAACAGCAGCGACGAGGGUCAGUACGAGUGUCAGAUCAGCACCCAUCCGCCUAAGUUCAUUCAUAUUAACCUACACAUCAACGCACCGUCCGUCCAAAUAGUGGACGCCCUGGGCGAACCAUUGCGGGACAAGUACUACGAGGCUGAUAGCACCAUCGAACUACAAUGCGUCGUACGUCAUAUAGCGAUGCAGGUGCAAUACAGCGUCGUCCAGUGGCUUCACGGCAACAGAGUCUUGAACUACGAUACGACGAGAGGCGGCAUCAGCGUAAAAACGGAUUUAAUGGAGGAGGCCAAUUCGACUCUCAGCAUAGCUAAGGUCGGACCUACGGAUAGCGGAAACUACACGUGCCAGCUGACCACCAUGCCGGACCAACCCGCGACAGUUCACGUGCACGUUUUAAACGGAGAAAGUUUAGCCGAGCUACAUCAUAGCGGCGCACGAGGGGUCGCUAGCUCGUCGCUAUUCUUCCUGGCCGUCGCUAUUCUGCUCGCCCGAUCGAGCCAGGUGCUUAGAUGAAGGCUUGACGAGCUUCCAAGCUGGCGAGAAGCAUCCCGUGACCCCGAUGACAAAGGGAAAGAGAGAGAGACAGUGCUCCAGGGCACCGAAAGCGAACGACGCAAACUUUCGCGCGCGAACUUUUCUAUCCUCGUGACAGGAGGAUGAUGGACAUGAGAGGAAGGGCCAAAGAAAAUGAGAGAGAGAGAGAGAGAGUGUGUGUAUUACGUUUAACAUAUUCCGCAUUGACAUAAAAGAUACGGAGACGGUUGGCUGCGUUGUCUCUCGGAACGUCUUAUUCUAAACCUAACGUAGAUCGCACGGCAUUCGAGAUAUGUGUCUGUAUUGCAAGAGAAUGCUACCUUCGUCCAGCUUCCGGCGCGAUUCUAUUCGAAUUAAUUGCAUGCUCGAGUUUUCAGCAAAGGAUAAACGUCUCACGGUGAACGAACGGUUAGAAUAUCUUUUUAACCCUUCUAUCAGUGCAUAAUUUUUCACCUUUUCAUCAAUGCGUGCAUUAAAAAAUUUAUUAACUUGAUUGAACCUUUCGAUUAAAUAUUAU